AUGAACCCUGAAUUUCUGAAUUUCAGAUAUACGUGCAAGGCAACGUUAGAACGACCAUGGGAUUUUGACAUAGUUUGCAAGAGCGCAUUUACGGUAAUCGGGCUACAGAAGGUCGACUACUGCGAGAAUUUACUGAAGCAGGUUUUGCUGUCAGAAUCUAAUUCGAAGCUCACCUUUUGCUUCUUGCGAAACAGCGUGGCGACCGCUCAUCUGAAGGUAGCCGAAACCAUGCACGUGUUGGGGGACACGGUCGUGGUUAAUGUCCGCCUCGAGAACAAGAGCAAGAGGUCGUUGCACUCGUCACGCCUGGUCAUUCGCCAGCGAACUCGGUACAAGGCGAAGGAUUUCAGCGGAAACGACCACUACAAAGACAGCAUGAAGGAAGUAACCGCACUGUCGGUGCCGAUAAAGAGUAGUUCAGGGGAGGACGACUGGCAGGAAGAACGAAUUGUGAUUCCGUCAAUGACGCCGCUGUUCAAGUGCAAGAUCAUCGACAUCGGCUAUCAGCUAUGCUACGAGAUUGACCAGAUCAUAUCAAUCGCGGCCCCAAUUGUUGUCGUCGUUCUGGACAGGGAUAUGAGGGUGGCUGAGGAACGUCCCAAGAAGCGAAUUUUCACCCGUCCUAAGCUUCACGACAUCGAAAGAGUGUCGAUCAUGAGAAACGGCGCAAAAGGAGGCGGUGGUUUCCGGUCACACAUAAAGCUGGGGCAGUUCCGCGGCAAACAAUUGGUCUACAAGCCAAGUGUUUUGGGGGGCAACGACAUCACCGAUAGUAAUGAGUGCAUGCAUUACGGCAGCAGCAGCUUCACACCCGUCUAUCCGUGCAUCGAAGACAUCAAGUCACCGGAAAAUGGAACCCCUACAGCCGCCAUUGUCGAGCAGAGUUCUUGA